UCUCUAACGCGCACUCCUCCCUUCAGUUCUCUCGCUUCUGUCUUUCUCUCUUAACCGGGCGGCGAAGCGCACCGGCAGCGCUGGACUAUCCGUUUACAGCUCACUGGGACUUAAGAUAGUGACCGUGAUUUCAGGGCACCGUCACCAUGGCGAUUAAGUUCUUGGAGGUAAUAAAACCAUUUUGUGCGGUUUUACCGGAAAUCCAGAAACCAGAAAGAAAGAUCCAGUUCAGAGAAAAGGUGCUAUGGACUGCCAUCACAUUGUUCAUCUUUCUUGUUUGCUGCCAGAUCCCGCUCUUUGGGAUCAUGUCUUCAGACUCUGCAGAUCCAUUCUACUGGAUGAGAGUCAUCUUGGCCUCCAACAGAGGUACUUUGAUGGAGUUGGGUAUCUCUCCCAUUGUGACCUCUGGUCUGAUCAUGCAGCUGCUGGCUGGAGCUAAAAUCAUUGAAGUUGGAGACACACCUAAAGACAGAGCGCUUUUCAAUGGAGCUCAGAAAUUGUUUGGUAUGAUCAUCACCAUUGGCCAGGCUAUUGUGUACGUCAUGACUGGAAUGUAUGGAGACCCUUCAGAGAUGGGUGCUGGCAUCUGUCUGCUGAUCAUCAUUCAGUUGUUUGUGGCCGGUCUGAUCGUGUUGCUGCUGGAUGAGUUGCUGCAGAAAGGUUACGGUUUGGGCUCUGGUAUCUCACUCUUCAUCGCCACAAACAUCUGUGAGACAAUCGUGUGGAAGGCAUUCAGCCCAACCACAGUCAACACAGGCAGAGGUACUGAGUUUGAAGGAGCCAUUAUUGCGCUGUUCCACCUGUUGGCCACUCGUACUGAUAAAGUACGAGCCCUGAGAGAGGCCUUCUACAGACAGAACCUGCCCAACCUCAUGAACCUCAUUGCAACAGUCUUCGUCUUUGCUGUUGUCAUAUACUUCCAGGGCUUCAGAGUCGACCUGCCCAUCAAGUCUGCACGUUACCGUGGCCAGUACAACACAUAUCCCAUCAAGCUGUUCUACACCUCCAAUAUUCCCAUCAUCCUGCAGUCUGCUCUGGUUUCUAACCUUUACGUCAUCUCUCAGAUGCUCUCCACCCGCUUUAGCGGCAACUUCCUGGUCAACCUCCUGGGAACUUGGUCUGAUACAUCAUCUGGUGGUCCGGCUCGUGCUUACCCUGUAGGCGGUCUGUGUUACUAUCUGUCUCCUCCGGAGUCGUUUGGUUCUGUGCUUGAUGACCCAGUCCAUGCAGUGAUCUACAUUGUAUUCAUGCUGGGAUCCUGUGCCUUCUUUUCUAAGACCUGGAUUGAAGUUUCUGGAUCAUCUGCCAAAGAUGUGGCCAAGCAGCUGAAAGAACAGCAGAUGGUAAUGAGGGGACACAGAGAGACCUCCAUGGUUCAUGAACUCAACAGGUACAUCCCCACAGCCGCUGCAUUUGGUGGACUAUGUAUCGGAGGCCUUUCGGUAAUGGCUGACUUCCUGGGUGCCAUCGGCUCUGGAACAGGAAUCCUAUUGGCCGUUACCAUCAUCUAUCAGUACUUUGAGAUAUUUGUUAAGGAACAGAGUGAAGUCGGCAGCAUGGGAGCGCUACUAUUCUAAACAAUGACACUCACAAAUCACACACAUACUUGCUGACAUCUUACAAAACACUUUUAUUAUUUUAUGAUUGUUGUUGUCAUUUUAUUUUUAUUUUGGUGUGAUUUGAGCAUUCAAAAUGGUCUGUCACGAGUGCUGUUUUGGGAGAAUGUGUUCUUAGGCUUUAGUUCAGGCCGAGUGUGUUCUCCUAUUUGUCAGGAGUGGCAACGCGUUUCUAAAAUUCAGUGACGAAACUGAACUUCAUGGAUGGGACAGUAAAGAUGGACUCUGUGAGCUCUGACUAGGAAUAAUCAGAAAUGUUCCCUUCUCCUCAGUCUGUCCUUCCUCCGUCUCCAUGUAUCCCUUCAUUCGCCCUUUUCUUUAUUUCCUGUCUGAUCCAAGUUAUGCCUGGUAAAAGGAUUUUUCAGAAAGUAUUGCUAAUGUUGGGUGAGUGAUUUACUCAACACUGCCAAUUUUGUCUCCACACACAAACUAUCUCUGUUACGUCUGUUUGUCAGUCAUAUCGGUCUUGUAUGCAAAGCUAACAGGCAUUUUUUCGUCCAUAAUAGCUAUUGUUUAGUGUAAAGAUCUUUAUAACUCUUCAUACCAUAAUUAAUCAUAAAUUGUGAUGGUUAGUUAUGACUAGAGAUCUGAGAACCAAACAGAGGUACUUGGUUUCCAGUCAGCAGAAUAGUUUGUCAAUUCUAAACAAGGCAGCAUCGCAACCGAGGAAAUGCAAUACACAUUGUGGCACCAAUGGUGUUUUGUUUGUUUUGUGUGUGUACUCAUCAACGCUGGAAUCCUUUUGUUCAGAAUACAUCACUGAGAGCUUCAUUGGCAAACAACUGGUUACACCUAAAGUCUGUUUACUUUCACAAUUAAGCCCUUUUUACUGUAUCAUUGGGUGUCUGUAUAUAUGACAUUUAAUGCAGUGUGCAACAAUGUAAAAUAGACCCAUUUUCUGUUUUGUUUUUUUCUUUUUGGACUAUGUAAAAAGAAAUGUUCCGAACAAAUAUAUUCAGCAAAGACUGAUCAUUCUCAAUAAAAACUCAUUUUUGGGAGAUAA